AAGGAGACAACCAUGAAUGAGCCACUGGAUGGUUUGGAUGGUUUAGCAAACGCUUCUGAUUUCCCCGAUUAUGCAGCUGCUUUUGGAAAUUGCACUGAUGAAAAAAUCUCCCUCAAGAUGCACUACCUCCCUGUUAUCUAUGGCAUCAUCUUUCUCGUGGGCUUCCCGGGGAACGCAGUAGCCAUCUCCACUUACAUUUUCAAGAUGCGGCCCUGGAGAAGCAGCACCAUCAUCAUGCUGAACCUGGCCUGCACCGACCUGCUAUACCUAACCAGCCUCCCUUUCCUCAUCCACUACUACGCCAGCGGGGAAAACUGGAUCUUUGGGGAGUUCAUGUGCAAGUUCAUCCGCUUCGGCUUCCAUUUCAACCUGUACAGCAGCAUCCUCUUGCUCACCUGUUUCAGCAUCUUCCGCUACAUCGUGAUCAUCCACCCAAUGAGCUGCUUUUCCAUCCACAAGACUCGGUGGACGGUGGUAGCCUGUGCGGUGGUGUGGAUCAUUUCGCUGGUGGCGGUCAUGCCCAUGACCUUCCUGAUUACAUCAACUAACAUGACCAAUCGAUCCACCUGUCUUGACCUCACCAGUUCAGAAGACCUCACCACUAUCAAAUGGUACAAUCUCAUUUUGACUGCCACCACCUUCUGCCUCCCCUUGGUGAUCGUGACACUUUGCUACACGACAAUUAUCAACACCCUAACUCACGGACCUCAGACUCAGAGCUGCCUCAAACAGAAAGCUCGCAGGCUGACCAUACUGCUCCUGCUCGUAUUUUAUAUAUGUUUUUUACCAUUCCAUGUCUUGAGGGUCAUUCGGAUUGAAUCUCGCCUGCUUUCCAUCAGCUGCUCCAUCGAGAAUCAGAUCCAUGAAGCUUACAUUGUUUCUAGACCCUUGGCUGCUCUGAACACAUUUGGUAACCUGUUACUCUACGUGGUGGUCAGCAACAACUUCCAGCAGGCCAUCUGCUCAAUAGUGAGGUGCAAAGAAAGUGGGGACCUUGAGCAAGCAAAGAAAGUCAGUUGUUCAAAUAACCCUUGAGAUACUUCAGAUACUCAACCAAAAAUAAAAUCCUAUUGAUAAUU